AUGGAUAAACCCGAGCCCGCUUACACCGCGAUUCUUAAUCGAAACGCUUUACGACCGGAGGACUUACGGAAUCUGCCCGUCACACUGCUAAAAGCUUUUAAAGCUGCACUUAAGCUUAAGGCCAAGCCUUCUAAGACUGCUAAAUCAUACGAAGGGCUUGGCAAGGUGAUCUUUUCUUUAGGAAUGGACUACGAAGCGACUCGUAUUGAGCUCUUAAAAAGGCGCGAUUUGCCAAGGAACCUAACUCUUAGUAAGACUAUUGCGUUCUUCGCUGCUCUUUUUACUUUUAAACGAUCUUCUUUCGAAACUACGGUUAGCGUUGCGGAAGCUUCGGAGGAUUGCCUGAUCAUAAGUAGCAAGCUUAUACCGAAAGCGACGGAUGAUCCGGUAAAAGACGGACUUACUUCGAGGCUUCAGAGACUUAUUUAA